CCCGAGCCGAGGGGCGGAGAGAGUGGGCGCCUGGGCCCGGCCAGUAAAAGUCCGUCCCGGUCCUCGGGGGCGGGGCGAGGGCGGGCCUGUUGCCCUGCUGGCUGACGCUUCGUCGCCUGACCGGGCUCCACCCCGGCUCUCCGGCUGGAUAUAUCUUGUGACCCGGGCGGCUGCAUCUUCCUUCCUCGGGGAGUUGCGUCUCGGUCGCCGUUGCCAUGAGUUCCCUGGCCGCUACGUUCCUGCUCCUGGGGCUCUUCACCUCCGCGCUGGCGGAGCCGGUGAACUUCAAGGACUGCGGCACUACGACUGGACUUCUCAAGGAAGUGAACGUGAACCCCUGUCCGAGCCAGCCCUGCAAACUGCACAAAGGACAGUCAUACAGUGUCAAUGCCACCUUCACCAGCAAUACGAAUUCUCAGAAUAGCACAGCUUUGGUGCAUGGUAUCCUGUUGGGCGUGACAGUUCCCUUUCCCAUUCCUGAGCCAAACGGUUGUAAGAGUGGAAUCUCCUGUCCCAUCCAAAAAGGCCGGACCUACAGCUACAUUAACAAACUGCCGGUGAAGAGCGAAUACCCCUCUAUAAAACUGGUGGUGAAGUGGGAACUUCAGGAUGACAAAGGCCAGCGUCUUUUCUGCUGGGAAAUCCCAGUACAGAUUGAUUCCUAGAGCCAUACGAUGCCAACCUGCCUAUCUGGGAGUGAGAGCGCCCAGGUGGAGGGAGGGAAGAAAAAAAAUCACACCUAAACUAAAUCAGUGUUGGAACCUAUGAGAUGUAGUUCAGCAGUAGAGCACUUGCCUUGCAUGUGUGAGGGCUAGGGUUCAGUCCCCAGCACCAUCCGAAAAAAAGAAGAAAAAAAAAUAAUAAAUGCCCUAAUCAGUGCUAUAAGAUAAAAGGAAUCUUGAUAGGCUGCUAUUCUUUGAUGCUCAGCCUCCAAAAAGCAUCUAAGACUCCGUUUCCUGAGAAGCUCAGUUGGUUGAUUACCCUUGGAAUAUUUUUUACAGAAAAAUUGAGGGAAAGUUAAGGAGUGAGACUGGAGGGAUUGAUUUCAUUGCUCUCAGUAUUUUUUUGCUGAAUAAAGAGGGUCCAGCACAACAGACCCAAGUGACGCAGCUGAGGGAUGCUGGGUUUAUUGACCCGCACAGCGGAAGAUGAAUCACAGACCGCAUCCGUCAAAGCUGGGAUCCAACAUCUGCAAGUUGCUCCUCUGGCAGUGCCUCCCGGGGACCAGUGAGACCGGGCUCCUCCGCUCCCGCUCCAGGGCUUUCACCGGCAGCGCCUUGUUCCCCAGUGCCCGCCCGCAGCGCCUGGGAGAGAUGGGUGCCAGGACAGAAACUCCUCCUUGGAUGACUGGUUCUCAUGGUCUCUCCUCUCCUUUUUCUGUCUUUGGGGGUUUCAUUAAACGCAGCAUUUGA